GAGCCCAGAGAAGACCCUAGGAGUUUGACUGGAUUCGUUCCGCUGUCGGAGACGCGGUACCUUAAGACCAGUUCUGCGGACGGUGAAGUUCUCAGCUUCAGCCAAAUGGCUCGCUUAUUGCAGUGGAUGUUGCUGUGGUCAUGUUACAUUGCAGCCGCCUCGGUGCUGAAUAAAAACGAGUUGUCGAGGUUGCUGGGUAACAACAUUUUUAUUCUGCAAAGUGAGCAUCUCAACAAGUGCAUAACCGUGAAGAAUCAAGUGCUUAUCCUUGAUGACUGCAGUCAGCCAUCAAGUAACAUGCUGUGGAAAUGGGUAUCAAAGCAUCGUCUUUUCCAUCUAAGCAGCAGCAUGUGUCUUGGUCUGAAUAUUAGUGCCAAACAACCACCAUUAAAGCUAUUUAACUGUGGUUCAAUAAUACCAAUAUUGUGGUGGCAUUGCAGUGGUAAAGUAUUAACUAGUGCCUCUCAAUAUAAAUUGACUGUUGGACAAGGACAACGUAUCAUAGCAGAAAGGAUGGUGUAUGAUAGGUGGAAGAGGUAUAUGACCCAGGAUGAAGGUCCAUGUGAACAUCCUUACGAAGAAAUUCAUACUGUACUUGGAAACUCACGUGGGAGGCCGUGUGCUCUGCCAUUUAAAUACAAUAAUAAAUGGUACCAUGAAUGUACUAAUGAAGGGAGAGAUGAUAAACUCUUCUGGUGUGCAACCACCGACCAUUAUGAUGUUGAUGAAACAUGGGGAUUUUGUCCAAAUUUAGAUCCUGGAUGUGAUCUGCUUUGGGAAAAGGAUCCUUUUUCACCAAAUUGCUACCAGUAUAAUCUUCAGGCUCUUCAUUCUUGGAAUGAGGCCCAUGCUUCAUGUCAGGCACAAGGAGGAGACUUGCUGUCUAUCACAGAUCUUAAGGAGCAGGAGUAUAUCGUCAAACGUUUGAGACAUGUUGGAAUUCUGGCAUGGAUUGGCCUGAAUCAAUUGGAUGAAGGUGCUGGGUGGCAAUGGUCAGAUGGAGAACCUUUGAGCUUUGUAAAUUGGGACACAGAUCAGCCUCAGGGCUCAUUACUGGGACAAUUCCAUUGUGGGUUACUGAGUUCUAAAUUGGAUUACCGUUGGAGUAGUGCGGUAUGUGAGACAGCUCUGCCUUACAUUUGUGAAAAAGUGAUCAACUCUACAAAAAAGGUGGAACCAUUUGAAUUCUGGCAGUACAGGACCACACACUGUGAAUCUGGCUGGCUUUCCUACAAUGGAUUUUGCUACAAACUGCAUAAAGAAGAUUUGAACUGGAAAGAUGCCUUAAUGUCCUGCCGCCUGAAUGGAAGUGAACUCAUUAGUAUGCAGUCACUGGCAGAUGUGGCUGUUCUGAUCAACCAGUUUAAAAGUGAAACUGUACCAGAAGUUUGGAUUGGACUUGCCAGCAACAGGACACCAGCUCAAUUUACAUGGUCAGGAGGAUCACCUGUGAUGUUCACUUACUGGCAUAAAAAUGAGCCAAAUGUUCCAUAUAACACCACAGAACACUGUGUGUCUUCACAGAAGAUUGAUGGCCAAUGGAAAGUUAAAGAUUGUGAGGAAAAUCUAUGGAGCAUCUGUAAGAAGCCAGGAAAAAUAGAACAAAGACAACCUAGAAAAGACGAAGGCUGCCCUGAGAACUGGAAAAGAUAUGAAGAAUCCUGUUAUAAGAUUGACAAUCGCCUACAAACCUAUGAAGAAAUUUCAAAAAAAUAUUAUUGUCAGCUCAUUACUAUUGAAAACAGGUUUGAACAAGCAUUCAUUAAUAGUCUGAUCAGUAAUUUUGCCAGAGAAGAUCAUGAAAACUUCUGGAUAGGACUUCAGGAUAGAAAUCAGACAGAAAAAUAUACCUGGUUAAUGGCAAAGGAUAAAAAUGCACCAGUUUCCUUCACAAAUUGGAAUAAAAAUCAACCAGGUCAUUCAGGUGGUUGUGUUGCACUGGUAAGAGGUAAAUCUCAGGUCCUCUGGGAAGUUAAAGAUUGUAAAACCUUCAAAGCGAUGUCUUUGUGUGAGCAAAAAGUUACAUCUGCUCCACAACCAAAACCCUUCCCUGAUCAAGCCAUGAAGGCUAAAGCUAAAUGUCAUUUUGGAUGGGAGUCAAGUCCAGAUCUUCUGAAUUGCUUCAAGGUAUUUCAUCAUGAGAAAGUGUUAAAGAAGAGAACUUGGGAAGAAGCAGAACAAUUUUGUCAAGCAUUUGGAGCCCACCUUGCAAGUUUCAGCCAUUACAGCGAGGAAGUUUUUUUGAAUGAAAUUUUGGGAUGGAUGUUUGCUAGGGAAGAAGAAAGAUGGUUUUGGAUUGGAUUUAACAAAAGGAAUCCAUCUUCUGCUGGCUCCUGGUCUUGGAGUGAUGGCAGUGGAGUUGUUUCUUUGUUUUCACUUGACAAAGAUAAAGAUGAUGAUGUCAGAAUUUGUGCUGCAUACAAAUUUGAUAAAACGAUUGCACCUUUUCGUUGUGAUGAAAAGCUGGGAUGGGUUUGUAAAAUGUCAAAAGGAGCUGAACUGAAAAAACCAGACUGGUACAUCGAUGAAGAGCAAUUUGCAUUUGCACCUUGGAUCUUCUUUCAAGGAGCUGAAUAUUUGUUUUUUGAGACAGAGGGGAAGUGGCUUGCAGCUGCUGUGGCUUGUAGUUUGAUGGGUAGCGACUUGGCAUCUAUAAAUACACCCAAAGAACAGGACUUCAUUAAAAACAGAAUUGAAAAGCUUUUAACAAAUGGACAUGAAAAGUGGUGGAUUGGAUUAUAUGCAGAAAAUUCCAAAGCUGGAUUUCGCUGGAUAGAUGAUUCAGGAAUGUAUUACAACAACUGGGAUGACAAUUAUCCAAGCCGUUUACCCAAGCAUAGCGGCAGAUGUGUUUACGUGUCGUCAAAAACAGGGCGCUGGGGUGAUAGCAAGUGCUUUCUGUCUCUCCCAUUCAUCUGUGAACGUCACAAUAUAUCACUGAUAGAGGUUCACAAAGUUGAGAGUUACCUUCCAGAUCGUUCGUGUCCAAAAGGUUGGCUGUAUUUUGAAAAUAAGUGUUUCCUGUUGUAUGCCCCAAAGGAUAAGAGUCAGCUAAAACACUGGUAUUCUGCUCAAAUGUUCUGCAGUAUACGUGGAGGAACCCUGGCUACAAUAGAAAAUGAAAUAGAACAAGCAUUUUUAACAAUUCAGCUCCUGGAUAGAUCAACCAGUGUUUGGAUAGGACUGCAUAGUGAUAAUUUUGAACGUUGGGUAAAUGGGAAGCCUGUGAAGUAUUCAAACUGGUUACCAAAUGAGCCAACACGAGGCACUGCAGAUCCUUACAAAAAUGAUCCUACUUCAGAACAUCUUAAUAGCCCUAUCUUACAAGAGGAAUCAAAAAGGUGUGCUUUAUUAUCCAAUAGUCAUGCAUAUCAUUCCACAGGAAGGUGGUACACAAGAACUUGUAAUACGAACCAUUAUGGUUUUGUUUGUCAAAAGUACCCAGAUAAAUCUAUCCAUCAUAUCAAUGCAUCAUCUCUCUAUCCAGUACUUGAUACUUUUGCGUAUGGAAACUACACAUACAAACUGAUUAAGAAGAAUGUAACAUGGUAUGAAGCAUUAAAUGAAUGCAGACAAAGAGGUACUGAACUGGUCAGCAUCACUGAUCAAUACCACCAAGCUUUUCUCACAGUCGUUGUGAAUAGACUGUCACACCCGCAUUGGAUAGGACUGUCCAGCCCAGAUGAUGGGAAAAGCUUUAUUUGGUCAGAUGGUAGUAGCAAUAUAUUCAAUCAUUGGGCGGAGGAAGAUCCUCACUCAUCUCAAGAUUGUGGGUACAUGGAUACUAAUGGCUACUGGAAGACCGCUAACUGUGAAACUCAACUGCCAGGAGCUUUCUGUCAAGUUUUACUAACUGCAACCUCAAGUUCCCCAGCUUACAAUUUGAAGUGCCCGAAUGCAUCUAAAGAACUACCCUGGAUUCUAUUUCGAGGCAAUUGUUAUCUCUUCGACUUAGUUUUAUACAAUUCUUCAAGCUUAACAAUGGAGAAGGCUAAAGAGGUUUGUGGAAACUUGGCUACAAAGUCUUUCAUUUUACAUGUUAAAAAUGAACAGGAAAACAACUUUGUUUUUGAACAAAUCAGAACAUAUAGCCACAUUGUAGAUGAGAUUUGGUUGGGCAUCACAUUUGACGUAAUUGAUAAUACAGUCAAAUGGCUCGAUGGAACCCCAGUGACUUAUUCAAAUUGGGGUACAGAAGAGCCUGCAGCAAAUAAUUUUACUGUUGGCUUAUGUGCUGCAAUGAGAUCCUCAGAUGGUGCAUGGUUUAUGGCUGAUUGUGGUGAGGGUCUUGGAGCUGUCUGUCAAACAGAUUUGAGUGGACGUACCUACAUCCCAAAACUACAAGGAUACAAAAUUGGAAAUGGAACAGUACUUAAAAUUGUAAUAGCAAUGGUGGUAACCGUGAUUAUUGUUUUGGGUGCUAUUGGGUUCUGGUAUCUUUGGAAGAAGAAUCAACCUUCUUUCAGAUUCUCAGGAAAUGCAUAUUAUAGACAAACUACCCCUGAAGGUACCGAUUGUGAUGGAAAUAUUCUUAUUGCAGCAUUUGAAAGGAAUGGUGGAAAUUAACUAAGUGAAUCCAUACACCAACAGCACAAGAAAGACUUUUUGGACUUAAGAUUUUAAAUGAUGGAUUUAAAUGUUGACCCAAGAUUCAGCAAUUUAAUACUCAUUUAAACAUAGGUUUAAUCAUUGUCAUACAAUGUGGAUGCGAUUUUCUGCACAUUGUGCAUUCUCUAUAUGGAUUUCGCACUUAUCAAUUUUCCUAGAUUAAGAGGCAGGCUUUGGUUGUGGACCUUGUUAUAUUUACAUAAAGCGUGCAAACAGUUUAUUUGUUCAGUAUUGGAAACAGAAUUGUAUUCUAGUGUUCUAUAUUGUAAUGACUUGGCAUGUGCGUAUAUCCAAUCAGUUGAAAUUGUGUAUAAUUUGUGUGAAUUUAAUGCAGUUUGCUGGAGUUGAAACCAAGGCAGAGGCAAUGUACAAUCUCAUGCGAGGCUGUGUUUCAGAGGCAUGUUGCUGGAACUCUAGGCCAAACUUUUACACACCACAGGAAUUAGUUGGUUUACCGUAAUGUCUGUCUCAGAAGUUGCACUGUGUUUUACUGGUUUAAUUAAACUAACCCACAGAGUUAAUUAAUCCUUGGACAGACAGGAGGGUCUUGUCAUGCCCUUUGUUGAGAACAGCAAUUGCCUCCAUUCCCAUGCCACCUUAAGAAAAACCAGCUGUGAGCUAUCCCUGAAUCAUGGGGCCACCUAUUGUUUGCCCUGCUGACAUUUUAAUGUUAACAGCAUCUUACUACACUGCACUGGACUGAGUGCUGCAGACACAGGAGAUUUAAGUUUUGGGCCAGGGUGGUGAGCAGUCUGUGUCUUGAAACCAAGCGAUCUGUGUCUUGCAGGUGAAAGCUGCUGGUCAGUGGCAGAAAGUUCGUCCGCAACAGUGCAAAGUAAACUUUUGAGGUAAUGAGGGCAGGUCUGACGGUCAUUCAGCAAAGUUGCGAGCACCUGUCUCCUAUCCCCUGCAGUUAAGAUAGCUCCGUUUCUGUGCUGUUUCUUGUGAAUUAGCUGGCUGUCUUGUGAACUCAUUUGGCUGGCCACUUGUCCCCAAACACUGAAGGCCCCCAUUUCUGAUUCUGAAACUAUGACCUAUGUUGCUGACGCAAAAUUCUGCCCAUGGCGUGCACAAAACAUUUGCAUCUUUGACUUGACUUGUCUUUCUGCUCUGCCCCAUUGCAACAUAGGAACAUGGUUUGGUCUUUGUUGCUUUUAUAAUCAUUAACUUUAUUCCUCUCAUUUUAUUGAAAGAAUCAAGGCUUCAUUUCUAUCCAUAUGUUGGAUGGAUAUGAAUGGAAAGUACAGGAUAACUACUGUGGGUGUCACAAGAGAUCAUUUUGAAGACUGGGUCUUGUUUAUAUAUACCCUCUCACUUUUUGGUCACUGUCAGCUUCUGAAUGACCACUCACAGCCAGUGUUUCAGCAAGCAGGACAUAAAAUGAAUUGACAUUCCUGUUGUGUAAAGGGCUAAAAAUUUAAAUACUGACAUAAGGCUCAGUCCCAUGGCAAUGCUGUAGCAGAAAACAAGCUGCAGUUCAACUCCUUUGAUUACAUAAGAACUAAGAAUAGAGUGAAGUAAUUCAGGCCCUCAAGCGUGCUCUGCCAUUCAUAUGAUUAUGGCUGAUCUUAUCUCUGCUUCAACUGCACUUUCCUGCCCAGUUCCCAUAACCCAUCCACCCCUUACUCAUUAAAAAUCUGUGUAUGCCCUCUUCAAAUUUACUCAGUGUCCCAACAUCCACUGGGUAUUGAAUACUACAGACUGAAGACCCUGUUAAAUCUGUUACUCCUUAUCCUAAAAUAAGGAUUGUUCUAGAUUGACCCAUAUGAGGAAACAUCUUCGCUGCAUCUACUUUGUCAAUCCCCUUUAGCAUUUUACAUACUUCAAUUAGAUUGCCCCUCAUUUUUCUAAACUCCAGAAAGUAUAAGACUAAACUGCUCAGUCUCACUGCAUAAGACAAACCCCUCAUCUCUGGAAUAAAUCUAGUGAACUGUCUGUGAACUGCCUCAAAUAAAUCUACAUCUGUCCUCAAGUAAGGGGACCAAAAUAGUACACAAUAUUCCUGGUGCAGACUCACUAAUGCCUUGUACAGCUGCAAGAAUACUUCCCUACAUUUAUACUCUAUUCCUUUAACAGUAAAUGCCCACAUUCCAUUUGCUUUCAUUAUUACCUGAUAUACCUGCAUACUGGCUUUCUGUGAUACCUGCACAAGUGCACUGAGAUCUGUCUGCACAGAAGUACUGUGAAGUUUCUCCAUUUAGACAACAAGUUGCCUUUAUGUUCCUCUGACUAAAGUGGAUAACAUUACGCUCAUCCAUGUUAAACUUCAUCUGCCAAAUUUGGCUCAUUCACCUAACUUAUCACUGUUUGCUCACAGUCCCAGGGAUCCAGGUUCAAUUAUAGCCUCAGGUGACUGUGUGGAGUUUUCACGUCCUCCCUUUGUUUGCAUGGAUUUUGUCCAGAUGUUGCAGUUUUCUCACUAAUUCCAAAGAUGCGCAGAUUAGGUGGAUUGGCCAUAACAAUUUGUCCAUAGUGUCCAGGGACACAGAGGCUAGGUGGAUUAGCCAUGGCAAAUGUGGGGUUAUGGGGAUAGGGUAGGAGGCCAUGUCUGGGUGGGAUGCAUUUUGAAGGGUUGAUGCAAGCUCAGUGGCUAAUUUCCACACUGUAGAGAUUCUGUGAUCCCAUGAUUCUUUCCAUACCCAUUUGUAAAGUUCUUAUUUCUUCAUUGCAAUUUACUUUCUAACUUAUAUUAAUUUCAUCUGCAAAUUUUGUUAGAAUUCUUUCAAUCCCUGCAUUCAAGUCAUUAAUAUAGAUUGAAAAUAGUUGGGACUGAGGAGCAAACCAUGUGGUACCCCAAUAAAAGGUGCUUGCCAAGAAGAAACAGACUCAUUUGUUACAACUCACUACUUUCUGUUGAUUAGCCAAUCCUCUACCCAAGCUAAUAAAUUACUCCAACCAUCAUGUGAUCUUACCUUGAUAACAAAGUGUGGAGCUGGAUGAACCCUGCAGGCCAAGCAGCAUCUUAGGAGCACAAAAGCUGACAUUUCGGGCCUAGACCCUUCAGCAGAA